GGAUGGAUGGAUGGAUCUGGAUGGAUCAAUGAAAUCGAUCAACCAAUCCAAUAAGGGUUCUCUCUCACACACGCGUGCACGACACACACACAGCAUAGCAGAGAGAAGUCAGUUUGCAUGGCCAUGCCAUGAUGCACUCCCACCCAACACACACUCACACAUCACAGACAUGGACGGACACUCAGUCGGUCUAGGGCCUCAACAGAGACAGAGACAGAGAGAGAGCUAAGCAUACUCACUCAUCGUCCGCGGCUCAGCUCCGGUCCGGUGGUGGGCCGGAAAAAGGACGCUGCGAGAGUGUCGUAGGUGGGUACACCGAGGAGGGAGGAGAGCAACAAAAGAGACACACAGAGCCUACCUCGGCAUAUGGACGCCCGCCCCACCAGUCUGGCCGCCGUACCUCCUCCCCUAGGCGCAGUGAUGUCAUGACACCGUCCUCCAUCCAUCCACCACCCACAGGCCUCCCCCUGACUGUCACUUAUCCAGGGGGCGGUGCUGCUGCUGCUGGUGGUGGUGGUGGCGGCGGUGGUCCAUCGCCCUCGCCCUCGUCGUCGCGGUCGUCCAGCUGUCCCUCCCAGAUCCUCCGGCCACCGUGAUAGCCCGGUAUAUGGGGCAUCAGCAGGGCCGUCUUCUUUGUCCUCCCUCCUGGUGGGCGGGGACCCGGCUCCACCUCUUCCAUCUCCUCCACACCCCCUCUCCGCUGCAACAACGGCACGCCAUUGGCUACAGCUGCACCAUCGCCCAGCUGCUGGAAGGGCGGCAUGGCCGGGUGGGCAGCAGCAGCUGCUGCUGCUGCUGCCGCUGGUGGGGGUGGAGGUGGGGGGGUGGAGUGGAAGGGCGGAAACGGCAUGUCGAGAAGGUCGUGUGCGUCAGGUGGGUCAGGUGACUCCCGUGGGUCUCGCUGUUUGUGCUUCUUGGGCGACUGGCUGGCCAUCCUGAUUGAGGCGAGCAGGUGGGCGUCGCGGGAGAGCUUCCUCUGCUCCUCGUCCAUGGCCGUACCCACAGCUACACCGCCCAGGCGCAUGCCCGUGUCCAUCCCCCGCUGCCGCUCGGCCUCUGCCUCUGCCUCUGCUUCCGCUGCUGCCGCUGCGGCCUCCAUCGCUGCCUCUUGGGCCUCCAUCUCCGCCUGGAUCUCCUCCACACGGCCGGACACCCACUCCUGCACACAACAACACACACAACACACCAGAUGGAGCCAGACAUCAACACAUACACACACACAGGGUGGGUGGGUGGGUGGCUGGGCGUGUGAGCUGACUGACCUGCAGGCGCCGCGAGCGCUUGGCCUCCUUCUCGAUGAGGUGCUGCUCCUGGUCCUCCCGCUUGCGCUUCCUCUGCCGCAGGUAUAUGUCGGCCGUGAAGGGCACGUACACAAACUUGUACGACGAGUGAGGCACCUGUCACACAGGGAGGGAGGGAGGGAGGGAGACAGACAGGGGCAGGUAGGCAUAUCACACAGACGCGCGUCGAGUGAGCAGAGCUCUACUGUACCCCACCCACUGAAGGUACCCGUUGCAGCAGGCGGUUGACGAGCAUUGACUUGUCCGCCUGGCCGCCCUCCUGCGUGCGCUUCUUGAUGGCCCGCUGCACACGCGCCCUGUUGCGGAUGAGGAACCUCGCCGGGCGGCCCUGCUCGAGCAGCUGGGAGGGCGAGGGCGACGCUGGCUGGGUCAACGAACCCAUCUACUCGACAGCGGACGGACAAGUGUGGACAGCACAGCACAACACAAGGAUAGGUAGGAUGGUGGGGUGGGCUGUGCGUGGCCGGUGUGGUGUCUGUCUGUUCUGUUGCAGUGUGUGUGGUGUGUACGUUGAUGUCUUUGAAUGCGUCCGGGUCCGAUGCGGUCAUCAUGUCGUGGUUGACCAACCGGAUGUAGUUGUCGCGGAUCCACUCGCUCAUGGGGACGUUCUCACCCAACGACACAGGACGAUCCUGGGGAAGGGACCCCCAGACACACGGUCACACACGCACACACAGUAACCAAUUCGUCUGUCUCCUUGCUCUACGUGUCGGCUCGUGUGGUGUGCUGCUCACGGCCGGUUUGAUGGCGUGUUGGUAAUCGCGUGUGGUGACCAUGUGGACGGUGAACUGGAGCUUGGAGGGGUCGUAGCGAAGGUGGAAGUAGGGCGCGUCCCCGAGGACCUCUCGCGCGUCGGCCUCGUAUACCGCCAGCGCACGGUCACUGCCGUGAAGCGUGUCCAAACCUGAUGGAUGGGCACCAUUUACCACACACACACACACACACACACACAUGCAUGAAUGCGUCUGUGCGUGGUGUGUGUGUGUGGGAGGGAGGGUGGGAGGGGUGGGGUACAGUCUCUGUAGUUGAGGUAGAGGAGGACGAGUUUCAUGGCGGUGGCGUCCUUGAUGGUGUAGAGGAUCAUCUUGACGAACUGGUUGCACACGCGGUCGAUCGUGUACAGGAUAUACGCACUUGUGCCCAACAAAUCGCUGCAAAACCCAACCCAGCCCAACCACACACACCAUCACACGGCUUUGUGUGCUGUCCUGUGAUGUCCUGUGCUGUGCUGUGUGCUGUGCUAUGCACCUACCUGGCCUGGUCUUCGAAGGCAUGUGAGUCGAUCUCGCCCAUUAUGAGCUUCCGGCAGAUGGUCAGCACACUGUCGGCCCUCCGCUCCUUGACACACACACACACGGUGGACACGAAACAAACGCGCCAAAUGAGGCAGGCACACGACGGCAUGAGGAGUGAGAUGCAUGGCAAGAAUGCGAACCUACCUGCUGUCCCUCGAGGACGGACGGUGUGGGCGAUGGCCGCCGGUUGGUGCGGCCGCUGGCCUCCUGGCUCCUCUUGCACUGCACACCACACCACAUCACACCACACAGCAUCAUACCACAUGAUACCACAGCCGCUGAGUCGGCCUCUCUAUGUGUGUAUAUCCUGUGCUGUGUGCUUCCUUCCCUCCCUCCCUCCGCCCUGCCUGGCUCAGCCAGCUGACCUUGAGGAGCCGCUCGUAGAUGGUGGCGUAGAAGCGGAAGAGGCAGUACCCCGUGUCACCCGCUAUCAUGUACCGCGGGUACGCUGGCACCAUCACGGUCUUCUUCUUCCCACCACCAUCCUUCACACCACCAUCGUACGGCCGCAACUCUGCAGCAGCAGCGGCUGCUGCUGGUGCGGGUGGUCCUGAGGCAAAUGUGUCGAUCUCCAUGGGCACUGGGCCGCUGGGUGCGGCGGGGGAUGGCUGGGCAGAGAGGGAGAGAGGGGCCGGGGGGCCGGGCUCGCUGCUGAGCUCGACGGACGCCAUGGGGACCUCCUCUGUGCCCUCUGCUUCUGCUUCUUCGGCCUUGACGGCCGCCUCCGGUUGCUCGCGCUCGUCCGUUGUGGUGGUGGGUAUGAAGGCCCGCAUGAGCUUCAGCCCGGUCGUGUCGUUCCAUCGCCGCUUACCACCUGCAAUGGAUGCAGAAAUCGCGAAAACAGGUAAACCAGAGACACCAUUGCAGCCCCCGCCAACAGUCUCACCGCUCUUUUUGGGUUUGAGCAGCCCCGCUGGCCGCCCAAUGGCGGCUUCGUGUGGCGAGGGUGGUGCAACAGCUGCUGCUGCGGCUGCUGCGGGCUGUGUGUCUGCUGUUGUUGCCGUCGGGUGUGGGUGUGUCUUGAGGCCGGGAGGGAGGGGGGGCAGGUCGGUCUUCUUGCUGUCGUCGUCGAGCAGCCCGCCGAGGAGGAAGAAGUCCUUGAAGAUCCAGCUCACGAACUUCUCAAUCUGAACCAACCGAACCACACACAAAGAGGGUCGCGUCGGGAUAUAGCACGUGGUAUUUCUGUGUGUGUAGGUUACCUACCUGUGGGACGUCGUGUCGUGAGACGAAGUUGUUGCGUGGGCUGCGGGCCGUGUGCAGAAUCAGCUCAGUCACAUCACGAUGAGUCUGUUUGUUAACAUUGGGCAAACGAACAGACAGAGUGGUGGCGGGUGCGUAGUGCGUAGUGCGUGGUGGUGUGCCGCAUCGAUCUUACCUGUAUGUCAGGCAUCUCAAAAGUGUACUCGGGCGGGAAGUGCUCAGGAGCCCUCUUCUCCGCUGCUGCUCCUGCUGCUGCUGCUGCAGGUCGCUGCUCUGCUGGUGCUGGUGCUGGUUGCGGUUGCGUGGGCGGCGCUGUGGGCUGUGGUGGCCUCCCACGCAUCACAGAGCUGUCCUGUUGUUUCUGUUUGCCGCCCUCGCCCUCUCUGCCUUCCUCCUUGUCUGGCUCCUGCUCCAUCUCAGAGUCUUCAUCCUCAAGACGCGGGUGGCUGGGGUGGCCGUACGCGUACACGAGCUGCGGCUUGCCGGCGCCCUUCUUGCCACCUGAGCCCCCAACACACACACACACACAUGGAUGGAUGGACGGAUGGAUGGAAGGGGGGAUGCCCACCUGUGUGUGUGUCUGGUGGGUGUUGGAUGGUGAUUUCUUUGAGGUCGUCUGAGACGAUGAUGACGCCGCCCUCAGCCCCGCCGCGGGCCUCGUAGUACUUGCGCCGCACCUCCUGCAGAAACGCCUUGGUCGUCGUGUUCUUGCGGUCCUGAUGGAUUGAUGGACAGACCAUUCACACAUGGGUCCGGUUUGUUUUCGCUUUGGGACGCCUGUGUGUGUGUGUGUGUGUGUGUGUACCUGUGAUCUGAAGUAGAAAGAUCUGUGGUCGAGUGAGCGCUCGUAGUUGCGGUCGACCAUGUCGCGCCACAGGUCACGGUUCAACUGCUGCUGGACCGACUCCCUGCAUCAAACACGACAAGACAUCCACACCAUUAAUUAGAUGUAUCGUUGCCUCUGUUGCCUCUGUUGGCUCCCUCCCCUCCCCUCCCUCCCCCUCGUGUGUCUCGUCUCCCACCACUCUUCCUGCUUCUGCUUGAGCCGGUUGUAGAUGACAGGCACGGCCCCCUGGGGGUUUUUGGCCAUGAGGUCGGCGAUCUCCUUGUAGUGCUCGCCGUAGAUGAGCCGCAGACACUUCUGGUGCAGAGGGUGGUCGAACUCAUCCGGCAUCUCCACACCACCACCACCUUCCGCCGCUGCUGACGAGGCUGAUGCUGAUGCUGCUACGGCUGCCGGUGCUGGUGGUACCGGUGCGGGGGGCGGUUGAGGUGGGCCAGGGGGAUGGGUGGGGGGCACGUCGGGAGUGAUUGCUGCAGCAGCAGCAGCCGCUGGUGGUGGUGGCUGUGAUGGUUGUGGCGGUGGGGGCAGCGCUGCAGAUGCUGCUGGUGCAACGCUCUGUGGGGGCUGCUGUGGCUGUGGCGGGGCAGCUUGUGCCUGGGGCACCUGUGGUGGCUGCUGCUGCUGCUGCUGCUGGUCCGUCACAGCAUUUUUGCGCUGUUGCCCCUCGAUCUGAUCCACCACCUUCUUGAGCAGCUUGAUGGCUGCACGAACGAAACACACACACACACACACACACAGAGAGAGAAAGAGAGAGAGAGAGUGCAUCCGUGUGUGUGUGGUUGGGUGGUUGGCUGGCUGGCUGACUGACUUGUCCUGACGAGGUCCAGUACGUAGUCGAGGUCGAACCGCUCGUCCUCCGUCUUGAAGAGCACCUCCUCGUACUCAUUCCGACGCAUCACACGAAACGACAAAUCCUCGGAACCCUAAGGGUGGGGCAUCGGGGAAGGGAGGGAGGGAAACAGACCCAUGUGCGCCGUGUUGUGUGGUGUGGUGCGGUGUGGUGGGGUGUGUGUGGUUGGUGGCGUGCCUGUGGGAUGGAUAUCCAGGUGUCGUUGAGCUCCUUCUUGCACAGCUCGUCCCGACCAGAACAAUACUGACAUGCAAUGCAACGAGGGAGGGAAAGGCACCGCACCCACCCACCCAGCAGACGGUGUGUGUGGCUGGGCUGGUGUGUGGGUGCGAUGUGUGGGUGCACUGCAUGUGCUUACAUUACCUUCUUUGGGUACUUCUUGGGCAGCUUGCGAUAGCUCGAGCCGGAUAUCUCAGCGUCUGCCAUGACGCACAGCACACGCACCGCAGACACCCACGGGCACACGCCCAUCCAUGCAUGGCGCACCAUCUCAUUCAUACAGCGGCAUUCAUGUGGGUGGGUGUCGUUCGUGUGUUCAUUCAUUCUGACCUUUGAAGUCGAUCUGCCCCAGCGACAGGCAGAAGUACGAGUGCUUCCUGCAGACACACAGACACACACGAGCACAGAAAUGUGGCGUGGCCUGGCGUAAGUGCACUCACUCACUGACCUUCUGGCGGCUUCCCUUGGGCAGAUGAUCUUCCGGACGGCCCACAUGAGAGGACUGCUUCUCAUUGCAAUGACAUUCACACAACACACACACACACAGACACACAGAGAGACAGCCCUUGUACACGGCUGCCCUUCUGUCUGGUCCAUGCAGUGCAGUCAGUGCUGUGCUCACGGGUAGUCGUGGAGCGGCAGAAUGUCCUCGAGCAGCGCUAGAGUCUGCAAAUGGAACCACACCACACCACACCACACAGGUUUCUAGGCAGCCCAGCCGCUUGUCUGGAUCCCACCGACCUCAGCAACGGUAGCGACGCCUGUCUGGAAGAGUUUGAUGCACUUGGCCAUCUCGGUGUAGUGCUGCUUGUGCGGCGAAUCCCUUGAGUGAGUCAGUGAGUGACAUAGACACCACACACACACACACACAGACAUGGGUGCGUGUGUGUGUCCAGCUAUAUCCUCCUCCUCGUCUACUGACUUGGCGUCAGGGUUGAGGCACGCCUUGAGGGCCUUGAAGAAGCCAUCCUCGCCACGAUUCAACGUCAGACCUGUGUGACACACACACACACACACGUGAUGCCGUCAUUACACAAGUGUGACGAGGCGGUUAGGCAGAAGGAAGAGGACUGUUAUCUGUCCGCGACUGACCGCUUCUGACGUCCUCGUCCGACCAACCGUUGUGAAGCAGACCACCGGGACCUGACCAAUGCAGCGCCACAAAGACAGAAAGGUAGACAGACCUGCACCGAGCAGUCUCUCUCUCUCUCUCUCUGUGUGUGUGUGUGUGUGACCAUCUUCUUCGUCUCGCUCUGCUGCGUCCUGCCAGCUGGUGCCGGGGGGCAGGUCAAACGCACCCACGGGCGGCGGACGCUCCUGACACACCACAGACACACAGAGACAGACAGACACAGAGAGAUGGAUGCAUAUGGUAUGCACUCACUGCCCACUCUCCCGCCCCGCCCCGCCCCCUGAUACCUUCUUGCCCUUCUUUUUGUCCCUCUCCUCAUCGUCCUUGGACGCGCGGAUGCGCUGCAAAUUCGCACCCACGCACCCACACACACCACAGACACAUACACAAGGAAUGGCCCUUCUGUCGCGUUGCUUUGCUGGGGAUGUGAUGUCGGGCCUGACUUGACUGACUCACCGCGGUGACGUCCGGCAGGAAGUAUGAGAAUUCCUCGAGGAGGUCUGGGUGUGUCUUCAUGAGGUGGUCGACGCUCUUCCAGACGUCCUUGACGGGCUUGCGCAUGCUCUGGUAGUUCUGCAACUCCUCUAUGAAGUGCUCGUACUUGUCGGGGGCCAACGUCUGACGCACGGCACGCAGAGAUGGAUGAAAGGAGGGAUGACACACCCGCAUCGCCGACAUGCAAGUGGAGCUCUGUGCCUGCAUUGAUUGCAUUCAAUGCAAUGACUGACCUUGAUUCGUUUGACGUACUCGAGGGCAUGGUCGUAGUCAACGGUGGGCGUCUGAUGUGGUGGAUGGACGGAUGGAGGGACACACAGACACACAGAACCAUUCACACAGACAGACAGACAGACGGAAAUUUAUGGUAUGUGUGCAGUGCAGGAGUGAUUGAGUGGUGGUACGGUAGGUACCCCUAUGCGCAUCUCCGAGGGCAGGAACUGGUUGAAGUCGACGAUGAGCGACCGGUGGCCCUGGAACAGAUUCGACACCUUCUUGAUCACCUUGUCCGUGCGCAACCUGACACCAACACAACACACAACCAGCCCAGUGGCCAUCUGCAUGUAUGUGUGUGUGUGUGUGUGUGUCCCGAGACGCUCACUCACCCGCCACUCCUGAACUCCUUCAUGAUGCCGAGGAACUCGAUGUAGCGCGGGUCGUCCUCACUGAACUUCUUCCGCACACGCGCCAAAUACACCUUGGCGUCCUCCACACGCAACUCGUCACGCUGCACCGACCGGGGCCUCUCCUGAUGACCACCGCCGCCGCCACCGCCGCCGCCCGAGGACCGCUCCCCCUCCCUCUCACCACCCCAUUCUCUCUCCCUCUCCCUGACGGACCCCUGCUUGGACGCAGGAGCCGAUGCAGCGGCCGGUGCAGCCACCGACGCAGCUGGCGCAGCAUCCUGCAUCUCCACAUCACGGUCCACUAUCCGGCGCACAGGCUUGAUCCCACCAUGCUGUACGGCGCCACCAGGUAUCUGGUCGACCCCGCCGCCAAUGGGGGUGCUGUCCUCGUCCACUGUGACGGGCUCGGCGGCCGUGCCGUUGGGCUGAGGCGGCUGUGGUCGAAAGGGCCGCCAUUCAGAAAAACGGAGACUGGGGGGAAACUCGUCCGAGACCAGAGGAUGGGGACGGGCGCCUGGGGGAAGGGGAGGUCGAUGUGGGAGGGGAGGGGGAGGGGGAGGGGGCGGAGCGUGUGUUGGUGGAUGUGUCGGCUCAGGAGGCUCCCCUCCCACAUGCUGAUGCUGCUGUUGCUGGACGGGCUGUUGCUGCCUCUGCACCUGCGGCGGUUGCGUGUGCAUCUCCUGCAUCCGCCGCUCCUCCUUCUGCUUCUUCUCUCUCUGCUCUAUUCGCCUCCGGUGGUCCUCGUCCCUCUCCCUCUCCUGGUCAAUUCCACCCUGAUGUGUGGUCUCAAAGACCGGCUUCUCAACUCCUGGUGGCGGAACGGAGGGCUGCUGCUGGUGCGGCUGAGGUGGCUGGUGCUGUGGCGGCCACGGGGCAGCGCCUCCGAAUGGCGCAGGUGGGGCGGGAGGAGGGAUCCCACCACCACCAGGCGGAACCUCUCUCGCCAUGAUCUCCUCAGUGAGUCACUCAGAUCAGGCCAGGCCAGGUCGCAGCUGCAGAGACCGCUCCAGCAGGGGACACAGCAGAAAUCACCGGAUGCAGAGCGGCGUCCCACCCGAUAGUCGCGGAACCAGCCGGCUGCCUCACACGAUAAACCUCAAGUCACGGCAGCGGCUCUCGCACGGCGGCAGGUUCACAAUGGCUGGGCAGAUCUCGGUCUUGCAGCAGAUGUAUGUGGGUAGCGGGCGGUCGGGCAGCUGAUGCACCGGCUGACAGUCGUCAGGGACAGGCACAGGAGACCCUCAGAGAACCGCACACCGAGGGCGACAGCGAGGCGCGACGACGCAGGCGGCUAAGUGCCACUCUGGUUUAAACCACACCCUACAGCCGUGGCGUGUUGCGUUCCGACGGAAAAGCCCCCAGCG